UACAACCAUUUCCAAUGUCUCUCUCCUACUUAGCCACCACACCAAUCUCGUCUCCCACCACCACCAUCUCCGGCAACCCUCUUCCAAGGUCGGCAAUAAACACUUGCAGAUCUAUUCGUCUUUCAAACCGCACACCAUAUACCUCUUGUCAACUUAACCAACAAAAUCAAGAACCUACUCGUAAUGGCUCUAUUGAUAGGAGAAAUUUGCUCUUUGGGUUGGGAGGAUUAUAUGGAACCGCUGCUGUUACUAAGAAUGCAUUUGGAAAGCCACUACAACCGUUUGACUCUUCAACUUGUCACGAUGCAACCGAUCUUGUAACCGGAGAAAAAGUUCACUGCUGCCCACCUUAUAAAACAGCCAAUAUGGUCGACUUCACACCACCAUCACCUCGAGACCGAUUACGAAUCCGCAAACCAGCCCACAAGUAUAAUUCUGAUGACAUUGCAAAAUUUGAGGCAGCGAUUGCUAAGAUGAAAGCGUUACCAGAUAAUCAUCCAUGGAGCUUCAAGCAACAAGCUGCAAUUCACUGCACUUACUGUGAUGGAGCUUUUUAUCAAUUGAAUACAAAAACCGAACUUCAAGUUCAUCAAAGUUGGUUUUUCCUUCCAUGGCAUCGCUAUUACCUAUACUUUUGGGAGAGAAUUCUUGGAAAACUCAUUGGUGAUGAUACUUUUGCUAUCCCUUAUUGGAACUGGGAUACUCGUGAAGGGAUGUGGUUUCCAAAGAUGUACCAGAAGAGUACCUCUCCUCUGUAUGAUGAAGCUCGGAACACAGAUCAUUAUAAUAAGCUUAUGCAUUACGGGUGUGAAGAAGAAUAUUGUAACAGAAAAAAAACUGAUGAGCUUAUCACUUAUAAUUUAGCUCGGAUUUUUAAGACAUUCCAAGGUGAUAAUUUGAAAAUUCCGUCACUGUUCAUGGGGAACGAAACAAGGGCUGGGGAGGAGUCUGUAGGAGGAGGGAGUUUGGAGCAAUUACUGCACAAUGGUAUUCAUGUAUGGGUUGGACAACCAAAUUCUCCUUACCAUGAUAUGGCAAACUUUGUGACUGCUGCUCGUGAUCCGGUGUUUUUCGCUCAUCACGGCAAUGUGGAUCGUAUGUGGUAUAUCUAUACCCAACUCCGAAAAUGGUCCGGAGAGACCGGUAGAUUCAAGUAUGAAUCAGAUUGGCUCGAAUCAGCUUUUGUCUUCUAUGAUGAGAAUCACCAAGUUGUCAAGGUUAAGGUGAAGAACUGUCUAACCCCAGAGAGCCUAGGAUAUACAUACGAUUCUGCCGAAACCCAUGAAUGGGCAUCCAUUCGUCGGAAGUACAAGAAGCUGAGGAAUAUUGCAGAACAAAAUAGGAGGGAAGGUGACUCACUGAAACUAAACCCAGCAUCCGAGUUUGGUUCCAAACCAAGAAACUUAACUGAACCAAUCCGAGCACUAGUGCAGAGGCCACCGACAUCAGGAACCAAAGAUGAGAAACAAGAUUCAGUUGAAGUUUUAUUCAUAGAAGAUAUCAUCGUUCCACAUGGAUCACCAGCAAGGUUUGAUGUUUACGUGGCAAAAGCAACUGCUGAAGGACAAGUUGGUGAAGGGGAAUUCGCUGGUAGUUUUGUGAACGUUCCACAUUCUAAUCAUGAAUCAUCUAAUGGUGCUCAUGGUUCAAGUUUGCAAUUGGGUAUUAGUUCUUUACUCAAGGAUAUUGAUACUGAAGCGUCAGAGGAAUUGGUUGUGAGUUUGAUUCCUCGAAAUGGUGAGGUUACUGUUGGUGGAGUCAAGGUAGGAUUGGUCCAUGUUAACUAUGAUGACGACGUUUAGCUAGUUAAUGACCGGGUUAGCAAUCUGUGUGCAACAUGCCUAGAGUCCUUAUUUCCGAUCAUCAUGCAUCUUCUUCGUACAAUAAGUGUUUGUUUUCAUUGAGCUAUGCAUAUCUCUAUCAGUCAUGUAGCUCACCAGUCCGUAGAGUUGUGUUUUAAUUUCUUGCAAUUGGGUUAUAUAUGUUUCCCAAUUUGAAUUUAGUGUGUUUGGUAUUGCAUGUAGUUAGUUGUUUAGGAGUGUGAUAAUAAGGAGGUGCAUUUACAU